CCUGUUGAUUUAUAUCUUAUGAUGGGUUUUCCUAUGCAAUGCUCUUAGGGCUACCAAACAAACAGGUGGAUGUACAUUUCUACGACCUCUGUUGUUAUGGGGAAAAUGGAGCCUCAAAGGAGAGUGUACAUAUCUCUCCCUAAAAAACACAGGACCGCUUUGGCCAAAAAGUACAAACUGGAUCACGGGCUUGUCAUUAAGGAUCUCAGCACUAACAUAAAUGAAGGAUACCUACAAGCUUACUUCCGACAGUGGGGCAGCAUUACAGCAUGCACGAUCAAGAAGACUCCACAGGACUCUGACUCAAAGAGUGCCAGUGCGUUGGGAUACGUGAGUUUUUCCUCUGAGGAGGACACAGAUACGGCAGACUGGGCGGGUCCUCACUAUAUAGGAGGCAUGGAAGUGGAGGCCAAGAGAGUUGUCAGUCUGAAGGUGGAUAUGAAGAUCUUUCACUACAAGGUUCACCUGUCAGAAGAGGUGUCAAGGGCAAACAUAAAAUUCAAACCCUGUCACACCUACCUGGUAAAACCGCUGCUGUGA